GCACGCCAUUGGGCCUGGGAUUUAGGCUUCAAAUCAAUUGCUGCUAUUCGCCCGGUUUUAAGUUAAAUUUCAUCACUGUAAUGCGCACUGAACAAAUAUUGAAUUACCUGCAAAAGCGCUUUAAGAUUCUAACCAGAGAUUCGGUUAAGCUUAUACCUGUCCCUGAGCAAAUAUUAUGAAUGCUUCAUUAUUUGGUAUGCCAACACAGACAUGACGUUAUACAAUCUGUCUAUGCUGCAGUUUUCCAACCAGGCGUGCGAGAAGCGUUCUUAUAGGGGUGUGGGAAGCUAAAUGAAUGAAUGUAUGCAAGUUAUAACUUGCUUUGUCCUUGCGUGGUCGAAAAACGACAGUCGUUAUAGAUAACGCGAAUAGUCGGAACAUUUGAUAACUUAUUGGUUUUAAUAUGGACGGGACAUCUUUUAUGAUAAUUGAGAAGCCGGUCGAGGAGACGCGGGUUUAUCGCAGACGUUGGUUUAUGUUGUUGUUGUUUUCCCUUUACUCCGGCACCAACGCUUUUCAAUGGAUUCAUUACAGUAUAAUCAGUAACAUAAUAACAAGGUUUUACGGAGUCGCAAUUACUACAACAGACUGGCUAUCCAUGGUGUUCAUGUUGUGUUACAUACCCCUCAUAUUCCCAGUAACUUGGCUGCUGGAUAGGAAGGGCUUGCGAGUCAUAGCUAUCCUUGGUUCAACAUUAAACGCGCUUGGUGCUUUGAUCAAAGUUGCAUCGGCCGAACCUCAUCUUUUUGCUGUGACAAUGCUGGGGCAAACAAUAUGUUCAAUAGCACAGGUGUUUAUACUCGGCAUGCCUUCCAAGGUCGCUGCAACUUGGUUCGGACCAAAAGAAGUUUCCACUGCUUGUUCAAUAGCAGUGUUUGGGAAUCAAGUAGGCGUCGCCCUUGGGUUUCUACUUCCUCCACUUAUUGUACCCGACUCAAACGAUAACGAAGUCGUUUCGAUUCAUCUCCGAUAUUUGUUUAUUGGAACUGCUGCUGUUACAACUGCGCUUGCGUUGCUAGUUAUAGUAUUUUUCAGGAAACAGCCAACCCUCCCACCCAGCAAAGCGCAAGCACUUUUCCGUGCUUCCAAUGAGCAACAGAACGAGUCUUAUAUCGCAUCAGUGAAACAGCUUAUAUUUUCCACGCCGUCUCUGCUUCUUAUUAUAUCAUACGGUGUCAACACGGGUUCUUUCUAUGCAAUAUCGACGCUUCUAAACCAAGAAAUUUUGAACUUCUAUCCGGAUAAUAUAGUGGAAGCUGGGCAGAUAGGGCUUACAAUGGUACUUGCUGGCAUUGUGGGAUCCGUUGUAUGCGGUGUAUGGUUGGACAGAACACGAAUUUAUAAAAUGACAACUGUCGGGAUUUACGUUUCUACUUUAUUAUUCAUGGUACUGUACACAGCCACGUUAAAUCUUGGGCAACUGUGGAUUGUUUUUAUAGCAAGCGGGGCGCUGGGGUUUACUAUGACGGGCUAUCUACCAAUCGGCUUCGAGUUUGCAGCAGAAUUAACUUACCCGGUAUCUGAAGGAACUUCGUCCGGACUUCUAAACGCAUCUGCUCAGAUAUUCGGGAUCGUUUUUACAUUAUGCAUGGGGCAGUUGAUCCCCGCUUCCUCCGUGUUAGGAGCAAACCUCUUUAUAUGCGCCACGUUGUUGAUUGGAUCGAUUAUAACCGCAACUAUCAAAGAAAAUCUAAAGAGACAAGCCGCUAACCGGACUGUGCAAACAGAAGAUAUACCAGACAAUGAAAUAUUAAAACAGCAACACAUAUAAACCAGUGUACUACAAAUUCCGUAUUAAAAUUGGGAAUCAGCAACUAAUGUGUAAUACCUCAUGUAAAUAUAGCCAACUCUAAAUAAA